UCGAGCCCUACUUCCUGUGCUGUAGCAGAGACGCGCGUGUUGGGGGCUUAACACGUUCCGAGGCCGCCAUAGGCCCGGCCUAGGGCGGCUUUGACUUGAGAGCCAGCCUCAGGCGCAUGGAGGGUUUCCCGGAGGGGGAGGCGCCCGCGGCGGCGCUGGCCGCCGUGCUAAAGCACAGCUCGGCGUUGCCGCCUGAGAGCGCCCAGGUUCGGGGCUACGACUUCAACCGCGGCGUGGAUUACCGCGCACUGCUGGAAGCCUUCGGCACCACGGGCUUCCAAGCAACCAACUUCGGGCGCGCGGUGCAGCAAGUCAACGCCAUGAUCGAGAAGAAGCUGGAGCCGUUGUCGCAGGAUGAAGACCAGCAUGCAGACCUGACCCAGAGCCGACGCCCACUCACUGGCUGCACCAUUUUCCUGGGAUAUACAUCCAACCUCAUCAGUUCAGGCAUCCGUGAGACCAUUCGCUACCUCGUGCAGCACAACAUGGUGGACGUAUUGGUGACCACGGCUGGAGGUGUGGAGGAGGAUCUCAUCAAGUGCCUGGCGCCCACAUACCUGGGCGAGUUCAGCCUCAGGGGGAAGGAGCUCCGGGAGAAUGGGAUCAACAGGAUUGGGAACCUACUAGUGCCCAAUGACAAUUACUGCAAGUUUGAGGACUGGCUGAUGCCCAUUCUGGACCAGAUGGUGCUGGAGCAGAACACAGAGGGUGUGAAGUGGACACCUUCCAAGAUGAUUGCCCGGCUGGGCAAGGAGAUCAACAAUCCAGAGUCGGUGUAUUACUGGGCCCAGAAGAACCACAUCCCCGUGUUGAGCCCAGCACUUACAGAUGGCUCGCUGGGCGACAUGAUCUUCUUCCAUUCCUACAAGAACCCAGGCCUGGUCCUGGACAUCGUUGAGGACCUGAGGCUCAUCAACACCCAGGCCAUCUUCGCCAAGCGCUCGGGGAUGAUCAUCCUGGGCGGGGGUGUGGUCAAGCACCACAUCGCCAACGCCAACCUCAUGCGCAACGGAGCCGACUAUGCUGUCUACAUCAACACGGCCCAGGAGUUUGAUGGCUCUGACUCGGGCGCCCGGCCAGAUGAGGCUGUCUCUUGGGGCAAGAUCCGGAUGGAUGCACAGCCUGUGAAGGUCUAUGCUGAUGCCUCCCUGGUCUUCCCCCUGCUCGUGGCUGAAACCUUUGCCCAGAAGGUGGAUGCCUUCACGCCCGAGAAGAACGAGGACUGAUUGGCUGUGGCCUCAGGGAGGCCUCGCCCCAGCCUCUAUUUAUUAGUUUGUAGACCAAACCCCCAUGUCCGCCUUGGACAGCAGUGUAUCUAUAAUAAAUGGUGUCGUGGUCCUUC